CCCCGGGCUGGAUGUGACAGAGCAAGAGGAUGGCCAAGGUCAACACCCAGUACUCCCACCCCUCCCUGCCCCACCUUGUGGUAAAGACCGCAGACAGAGACCUGGAUCGCAUUGAAAACGGCCUCAGCAGGGCCCACUCGCCAAGUGAGGAGACCUCGUCAACACGGCUGCCAGGGCUCGCCAUGGAGACCACGGGACCGGCUGCAUCCAGACAAAGCUUCUUCACCAGCCAGGGGCCCGCCAGGUUGUCACGCCUCAUCAUCUCGCUGCGUGCCUGGGCCGCCAGGCACUUACACCAGGAGGGUCAGAGACCUGACUCUUUUCUGGAGCGUUUCCAUGAAGCCGAGCUUAAGGAGGUGUCCAGCCAAGAAAGCAAUGUCCAGCCAAAUGUGGGCAGCCAGGAGCCACCAGACAGAGGGAGAAGUGCCUGGCCCCUGGCCAAAAGCAAUGCUAACACCAACAACAACACCAAUACCGACAAAAAGGAGGAGAAGAAGGACCCCAUCGUGGUGGACCCCUCCAGCAACAUGUACUACCACUGGCUGACUGUCAUCGCCACGCCCGUCUUCUACAACUGGUGUCUGCUCGUGUGCAGGGCCUGUUUCGAUGAGCUUCAGUCCGAGAACCUGAUACUGUGGCUGAUCCUAGACUACACGUCGGACGUCGUCUAUGGCUUCGAUAUGCUGGUGCGAGCCCGCACAGGUUUCCUCGAGCAAGGCUUAAUGGUCACAGAUACUGACCGGCUGUGGAAACAUUACUCAAAGACCUUGCAAUUCAAGCUGGAUGUGUUGUCCAUGGUCCCCCUGGACCUGGCUUAUUUAAAGGUGGGCAUGAACUACCCAGAACUGAGGUUCAACCGCCUACUGAAGAUUGCCCGGCUCUUUGAAUUCUUUGACCGCACAGAGACAAGGACCAACUACCCCAAUUUUUUCAGGAUUGGGAACUUAGUCUUGUACAUCCUCAUCAUCAUCCACUGGAAUGCCUGCAUCUACUUUGCCAUCUCCAAGUUCAUUGGUUUUGGGACAGACUCCUGGGUCUAUCCAAACAUCUCAAACCCAGAGUAUGGGCGCCUCUCCAGGAAGUACAUUUACAGUCUCUACUGGUCCACCUUGACCCUGACCACCAUCGGUGAGACUCCACCCCCUGUGAAAGACGAGGAGUAUCUCUUUGUGGUCAUAGACUUCUUGGUGGGCGUUUUAAUUUUUGCCACCAUCGUGGGUAACGUGGGCUCCAUGAUCUCAAACAUGAACGCGUCACGGGCAGAGUUCCAGGCCAAGGUCGACUCCAUCAAGCAGUACAUGCAAUUCCGUAAGAUUACCAAGGACUUGGAGACGCGAGUCAUCCGGUGGUUUGACUACCUGUGGGCCAACAAGAAGACGGUGGAUGAGAAGGAGGUGCUCAAGAGCCUCCCAGACAAGCUGAAGGCCGAGAUCGCCAUCAACGUGCACCUGGACACGCUGAGGAAGGUUCGCAUCUUCCAGGACUGCGAGGCGGGGCUGCUGGUGGAGCUGGUGCUGAAGCUGCGGCCCACGGUGUUCAGCCCUGGGGACUACAUCUGCAAGAAAGGGGACAUUGGGAAGGAGAUGUACAUCAUCAACGAGGGCAAGCUGGCCGUGGUGGCCGACGACGGGGUUACCCAGUUCGUGGUCCUCAGCGACGGCAGCUACUUUGGGGAGAUCAGCAUCCUGAACAUCAAGGGCAGCAAGUCGGGCAACCGCAGGACGGCCAACAUCAGGAGCAUCGGUUACUCCGACCUGUUCUGCCUCUCGAAGGACGAUCUGAUGGAGGCCCUCACCGAGUACCCAGAUGCCAAGAAGGCCCUGGAGGAGAAGGGACGGCAGAUCCUGAUGAAGGACAACCUGAUCGAUGAGGAACUGGCCAGGGCCGGGGCAGAUCCUCAGGACCUCGAGGAGAAGGUGGGGCACCUGGAGUCCUCCCUGGACAGCCUGCAGACCAAGUUCGCGCAGCUUCUGGCCGCGUACAACACCUCCCACAUGAGGGUGAAGCAGCGGCUCAGCCAGCUGGAGAGCCAGAUGAAGAUCAAUGAGAACGGCUCCCAGGCUGACGGGGAGGCUCCCGGGGACGCUGCAAAACCAGAGGCCAAGAAAUGAAAACGGGGGCGUCUGCCUCCUGCUUCACAGGGUCAGCGGUCACGUGGCAUGGGCCAUGGCCGGGGUUUCAUUCCAGCU